AAAAGUGACAUUUUGGCCAAAUAAGUUGCCGGUGUGAGGAAAACAGGAAAAAUGUUUCAUUAACGGGCUGUAUCUGUUUUUAGAUUUGCGAACGAGAAGCAACAAUUCGUCGUGGUAAACUGGCGGAGCUGAUUUAAGAUCCAUAUAUUCUUCAAACUUAGGAUCCAGAAAUUGCGCUCUUCAGAUCUCUCAAUGGCUUUUAUGGCCGUACUGGAAUCUGAUUUACGCGCCCUCUCAGCUGAAGCCAGAAGAAAAUAUCCAGCUGUAAAGGACGGAGCCGAGCACGCUAUAUUAAAGCUUCGGUUACUUUCUGAUCCCAGUGAGAUUACACAGAAUGAUGACAUACUGCGGAUAUUUUUGCUAGCUUGUGAAGUCAAGUCCGUUAAACUGAGUGUCAUAGGCCUUUCAUGCCUCCAGAAAUUAAUUUCACAUGAUGCCGUUGCACCUACUGCACUGAGGGAGAUUCUUAUCACACUGAAAGAACAUGCUGAUGUGAACGAUGAAAGUGUGCAGCUAAAGACACUACAAACCAUAUUGAUAAUAUUUCAAUCACGCUUACAUCCAGAAGAUGAGGAUAACAUGGCAAUGGCACUGGGUAUCAGUCUCAGGCUCUUGGAAAACAGCCGAUGUCCAGAUAGCGUCCGCAACACUGCAGCAGCAACUUUACGACAAGCUGUGGCCUUGAUUUUUGAUCGUGUUUUAUUGGCUCAGUCGUUACCUAUCACAAAGGUUGGCUCAAAUAGACGUGUGUCUCGGACUAACUCUGUUCCGGGUGAUGUUAGCCGAAAUAUAAGUGCGACAGUACCUCUGGAGAGUGAUAUAGGCCCUGGAAUAUCAUCUUCAUCCAAAGAGAAUUUAACUCAAGCAGGAAAGCUUGGCCUUCGGCUUUUUGAAGACCUGACAGCAUUUGCUGCAGGUGGAUCUGCUACGUGGUUGCGUGUUGCUGCUCUACAGAGAACAUUUGCAUUGGAUAUCCUAGAGUUUGUUCUUUCAAACUAUGUAUCAGUUUUCAGAACCUUGUUGCCAUAUGAACAGGUUUUGAGGCAUCAGGUAUGCUCUUUGCUGAUGACUUCACUGCGGGCUACAGGCGAGCUUGAAGGUGAAGCAGGCGAGCCAUCUUUCCAUCGCCUUGUCUUACGAUCAGUAGCACAUGUUAUUAGACUAUACAGCUCAGCUCUUGUAACUGAAUGCGAGGUUUUUCUAAGCAUGCUGGUUAAAAUUACAAGUCUUGACUUGCCACUGUGGCAUCGCAUUAUGGUGCUUGAAGUUUUGAGGAGUUUCUGUGUUGAAGCAAGGAUUCUGCGUCUUCUUUUUCAAACUUUUGACAUGAAACCAGGCAACACAAAUGUAGUGGCUGGGAUGAUCAAAGCACUUGGGCAAGUGGUUACUAAUGUGCAGAUUCCAGAUGCUAGUGAGGAGAGCUUAGCUGCUGUUGCUGGUAUGUUUAGCAGUAAAGCAAAAGGUGUUGAGUGGAGUAUGGACAAUGAUGCUACCAAUGCAGUGGUGGUUGCGAGUGAGGCACAUGCAAUCACAUUAGCAGUUGAAGGGUUGUUAGGAGUGGUUUUUACUCUGGCCACACUGACAGAUGAAGCUGUUGAAUGUGGUGAGUUGGACUCUCCAAGAUGUGAGAGUAGCUCACUGACAACUAUGUUUGAAGGGGAACUUGCUUCCCUAUGCAUUGCAAUGGUAAAUGCAGUGUGGCGAGUUAUUCUAGAUGCUUUGUCUCUUAUCUUGUCCAGGUCCCAAGGUGAGGCAAUUGUGUUGGAGAUACUGAAAGGCUAUCAAGCAUUCACUCAGGCAUGUGGGGUUCUUCGUGCCGUGGAACCAUUAAAUGCAUUUCUUGCAUCUCUUUGCAAAUUUGCAUUAACCACUCAAAAUGAUUCAGAUAAGAGAAGUAUUACUGGCACCUUACCAUCUCCUGGGUCAAAACGUAGUGAAUUUGUUGAUCAACGAGACAGUGUUAUUCUUACACCAAAGAAUGUGCAGGCUUUGAGAACUCUUUUUAACAUAGCACACCGGUUGGAUAAUGUUUUGGGCUCAUCGUGGGUGUUGGUUCUGGAGACAUUGGCAGCAUUAGAUCGCAUUAUUCAUUCUCCACAUGCUACUACACAGGAAAUUUCUUCUGCUGUUCCAAGGCUCACAAGAGACACAAGUAGCCAAUAUAGUGACUUUAACAUCUUAUCUUCUCUUAAUUCUCAACUAUUUGAGAGUUCAGGUUUAAUGAGCACGUCAGCUGUAAGAUCUCUUCUAGCAGCACUGUGCCAGUUGUCCAAUGAGUCCUUGACUGGAGCAACCAGUGGUCUGGGUCAGACUGCAGCUGUCAACACAAGUCCUCUAGGAACCUCAGUGGCCGCAACAAUACCGCAAACAGCAAAUAAGAUUUUUUCUGUGGAAAGGAUGAUAGCUGUGCUUGUGAACAAUCUGCAUAGAGUUGAGCUUCUUUGGGAACAGGUUAUUGCUCAUUUUAUUGAGCUGGCAGAACAUGGGACUUCACAAGUAAGAAAUGUGGCACUUGAUGCAAUAGAUCGCUCUAUUUGUGCUGUUUUAGGAUGUGCAAAGUUUCAGAAAGAAUCUCUGCUAGUUUCUCCCAUACACUCUCAAGUUCAAAGUGAAACAAAAUAUGAGCAACAUGAGUUAAAUUCAGAAGUUACCAACACAACAAAGGACUCUAAAUUUGGGACUGUUGCACAUGAAUUACAUUCAGAGCUCAAAACAUUCGAAUGUAUUGUUAUUCUACCUCUAAAAUCAUUGUACAGUGAUAUUCAAAAUGCUGAAGUUCGUGCUGGUGCACUGAAAAUUUUAUUACAUGUUCUAGAGAGGCAUGGUGACAAACUAUACCAUAGUUGGCCAAGCAUUUUGAAUAUGUUAAGGUCAGUUGUAAAUGCAUCAGAGAAGGACCUUAUACCGUUGGGAUUUCAGUGUGUUCGUGUCAUCAUGAAUGAUGGGCUUCUUGCAGUCCCUGCACAUUGUCUUGACAUAUGUAUAGAUGUGGCUGGAGCAUAUGGUGCACAAAGGAUGGAUAUCAAUAUAAGCUUGACUGCAAUAGCACUACUGUGGACAACAUCAGACUUUUUUGCAAGGGGCGUGAAUUAUGAGCACCCGGAGAUCCAGGAAAUAGGGCGGAGGGUAAGUGGCAUUGGUGCACAACUAAGUCCAAAAUUUCAAGAGCAGUCUUCUGAUGAAUAUGGGAAAACUAGCCCAGCUUCUGAUAUGCCGAUUGGAGACCUUGAAAAGAUAUCUUCCAUGAGUUCCGAAAUGAACUUUGACCAAUUAUUAUUAUCUGUAUUUGGGGUGCUAAAAUCUCUUGGAACGGAUGAGAGACCAGAGGUCAGGAUUUCAGCCAUUCGAACUCUCUUCCAAUCUCUUAGCAGUCAUGGGCAUAAGUUAUCAACUGAUAUGUGGGAGCAUUGCCUUUGGAGACUUGUGUUUCCUCUUCUUACAGAUGUACGGCAUUUGGCUGCAACUUCUUCAAAAGAUGAGUGGCAGGGAAAGGAAUUAGGUAUGCGUGGGGGAAAGCCAGUCCACAUGCUUAUUCAUCACAGCCGUAAUACUCAACAAAAACAAUGGGAUGAGACUUUGGUGCUGGUGUUAGGUGGAAUGAGUCGUCUGUUACGGCCUUUCUUCCCUUUUCUGCGAACCCUAGACAAUUUCACAACAGGUUGGGAGUCAUUGCUGAUUUUUAUUCAAGAAAGCAUCUUAGGUGGGAGCAAAGAGGUUGCACUUGCAGCAAUUAACUGCUUACAAACUGUACUGCUUGCUCACUGUUCGAAGGGGACUAUGCCUGCGGAUUAUUUCAAAUCAGCAUUUUGUGUUUUUGAAACUGCUCUACAAAAAGGUGCUGAGUACCAAAGUAGAGAUACCAGUAAGGUUAAGCAAGAACUAUUGCGUAGUCUGGGUGAAUUGUAUGUUCAAGCAUUCAAUAUGUUUGAUGCUACUCUCUAUCUCCGUUUGUUAGAGCUGGUUGAUCUGAUGGCUAGGCAUCCAAAAAGUAUAACUGGUAGCAUUGUGAUGGACCAUGGAAGCCUUCCCCCAGUUCAACGAACAGUAUUGGAGGUACUGCCUAUGCUUAAGCCAAAGGAUGGGAAAUUGUCUUCUAUGUGGCCAAGUCUUUUUAGAAAAAUGCUAUCUUAUCUUCCAGGAGCUCAAGCCCACUUUGGUGAUGGCUUUGUUGCACCGGAUGUCAACAGUACUUCGAGAGAACAACCUAGAAGUGUUUUCAAUGAUAGUAAUGCAGAAAUUACAUCUGCACAUGGUAAUGGACAAAGUGUGUCUAGUGCACAGUCAAAACCUACAGAUUUGAAAGUGGUUUCUAAGGAAACAUUGAAGUCAGGAGGUUCAAUUUCUCCUAGUAAUGUUUCUAAGAAUUCUCUGACUAAAGAAAAAUUUCCUAUUUCUGAAUUAAGUGCUGCUCCUGAGGAAGAGAUGUCUAAUCAAGUCUCAAGUCCGCUAUUUGCUGAGGGGAUAAUUACUGUCCUUGUUGAUCUAUAUUUGUUGGCUCCUCCAGUAGAUAAAAUGGACAUUUCACCUGAACUAAUUGCAGCACUUGGAAGAUGCAUGGCAACAAGGAGAGACCUUCCAGAGGGCUCGCUAUGGAGGACUUCUGUGGAGGUUUUCAAUCGUAUUUUGAUAGAGGACAUCACCAGUCUGCAGUCUAAUUCAGAAUGCUUGCGGACACAGGUUGAUUUACAUGGUAGUGGACUGGGAAGACCUCGCUUUUGGAAAGAAGUUGCAGAUGCAUAUGAAACUUUUCUUGUUGGUUGCUGUGGACGUGUUUUCUCUUCUGAGCUUGUACCAUCUGUAACUCUAAAAGCUGAUGAAUCUAUUGAAGCAACCGUUCUAGAUGUCUUAUGUAAUAGGCUUCUUAAGUCAUGCAUAGAUGCCCCCAUGGAGGUUCUUCAAAGAUUAGUCUCGACUUUGGAUCGUUGUGCAUCCCGUACAUCUAGUUUACCAAUUGAGAGUGUUGGACUUUUACCUGCUCAUUGCAGCAGGUUCUCUAUCACCUGUUUAAAGAAAAUUUUUUCACUUUGCAGUUACGAAUUUGGAACCCAUUGGGAUACUUCAAGAUUGACAAUUAGUCAAAUUGCACUCCCUGUUCUUACAAGCAGAUGCGAUUUUAUAAUACAUCAAUUUGUUACAGAUGAAAAUGAUUCUGGUGAAACUCCACUACCACCAGUAAGGGUAGAAGAAUUGAUUUAUGUACUCCAGGAAUCAGCAAGACUUGUUCUGCACCCAAGCACAGCCUCUGUCUUGGAGAUACCAAUAGUAGUAAACAAAGGGGCACGGAGUAAAACUGGUGAAGUGGAGCGUACUCAUUUACUUAUACUUUUGCCAACUCUUUGUGAACUUGUUGUUUGCAGGGAAUCAAGGGUGCGUGAGCUUGUCCAGGUAUUGUUGCGAUUGAUUAGCACUGAACUUGGGCUUGGUAAACAGUGAUUUUGAUACCCUGAUUUUUAUCCAAAGCUAGGCAUUUCAUUCACCUCAGCUAGGACUGUCAUUUCUCUCUGUGAGAAAUUUUAGCUCCAUUCGGUUUCUUAUCAUUAAUUGCAGAGGAAAAUAGUUUUGUAUUGGUAAGUUUAUUAUUCUCUUGUAGUGACGUCAAUUUGAGCUAUAUAUAAACGAAAUCUGCCUUUAUACUGAAAGACCUUGAGGUGCUUUGUAUCAUAUAAAUUGUAUAGAGGCGCAGCCUUUGCAACACUGGAAUUGGAUAGUUCAUAUUGGCUUUUGAAUAUGUUUCAAUAUGGCAAUUAUCAUGUUUAUGUGGUCUGCUUCAA